AAGCAGAUCUUGAUCCGGUCUGUCUACCGGAUCACCGUCAUCCUAUUAUUCCACUUCCUUGGCAUCACAAUUUUGGGCUAUGCAGACACGUCGGGGAAUGCCACCAUUGUCCAGACUCUCGUCUUCAAUGCGUUUGUCUUCGCUCAGAUAUUCAACUUGGUGAACUCACGAAGGCUGGACCGGAAGCUCAACAUUUUUGAAGGCAUGCUUAACAAUUGGUACUUCAUGGCCAUUACUCUCAUCGAGAUCGCUGUUCAAGUGGUCAUCGUGUUCAUCGGUGGCACCACAUUCCAGGUGACACGUAUUGCUGGUCGUAAAUGGGGCAUCUCACUUGCCCUCGGCUUCGUAUCCAUCCCCUUGGGCACGCUCAUCCACCUACUGCCCAACAGACCCUUUGAACGCCUCUUC